GAACGAGCUUCUGUUGAAUUCAACAUGGCAGCUUGCACAUCCGUGCGAAAAAUAGAUUUUACCAUUCUCUCUUCAUGUAUUAAUUGUCUUUAAAACAUAUAAAAUCUUUAUUCGGGUUUUUAUUUGUGUAUUUGUUAUCAUCCCCUAUGUACCUCCAAUAUUUGAAUUGAAAACAAAUCCUGAUUAGCGAGAUUAGGCUCUUUCUCAGGACACACUGCAUGCUCUGCCUGGCUGGACCUGCUGCAAGAGAUUCAUCGCCGCCCGGACCAUCCCGAUCGAUCCCCAGCCUUGGGCCCAUGGGCAUUCGCUCAGCUCCGAUGGAAAUAGCAGAAGAUCAUGUCUUUCAUGAGGCUACUGUCAUUUAAGCGAUUACCACUGCAGCGAGUCACUCCUUGGGUUGCAGUGACCGACUGGGAUCAACUUCAGAGACAAAGUUACCUUGUAUCAGCUAGACCAUGUCUUUGUUUCUUCUCAAACACAACUCAUCCUAGCAAUGAUAAGCCAAAGACAAGAUGUCGUAGGCAGCGAGAAGAAGCAUUUCAAGUGAAGCUUGGCUAUGCAUUACUCAAGCAGGGUGGAGUAAAUCUACUGCGACAGGCCAAGAAGAAGGGGGCCAAUGAUUUCGAAGAGACAAAGAAGAAAGUUCAAGAGCAGGUUGAAAAGAGCAAGAUUAAAGUAAAGGAAUUGAGAGAGAACAUUUUCACGAUCCCAAACUUGCUGACGACGAUGCGGCUAGCUCUGUCUCCUUACAUUGGUUACCUUGUGAUCAAUGAGCAGUAUUUACUCGGAUCUUCACUCUUUCUUCUCGCUGGGCUAUCUGAUCUGCUAGAUGGGUGGAUAGCAAGGAAUUUUGAAAAUCAGCAAUCCGUACUUGGUUCAAUAAUUGAUCCUCUGGCUGAUAAAUGUCUCAUCAGUAUUCUCACUGUCAGCUUGACCUAUAGUGACCUUAUUCCAUUACCCCUGACGGCUCUAAUUAUCCUGAGGGAUAUAGGUCUCAUGUCUGCUGCCUUUUACCUACGCUAUCAAUCCUUACCACCUCCAAUUACAUUAAGAAGGUACUUUGAUCUCACUCAUGCUACUGUACAGAUGAAGCCUACAUUUAUAAGUAAGGUUAAUACUGCAGUCCAGUUAUCUCUUGUUGGAUUCACUCUCGUUGCCCCUGUCUUUGCCUUCACAGAUCAUCCAUUUCUUCAUGGUUUAUGGUAUGUGACGGCCUCUACUACAGUAUUAUCUGGUCUGAGUUAUUGCUUCUCUCGAGAUGUCUUCAAAUACUUAAACAGGAAUAGAUGAUGAACCCUGUGCAGCACCUUUGAAUACAUCCCCUGAAUAGCAUUGUGAGAGGUAGGUUUCUUCCGCAAGAAAUUGAUCCAUGUUGUGCUGCACUCCCAGGUUAGGCAAAGGGGUACCUGGCAUGACUAAUUCCUUGAAAGCAUCAAACGCUUUCAGCAGCUGGUGCUAAAGCCGGGGUAAUAUAUAGUAUGCCAUUGAAUAGGCAACUUGAUAAUCGGCACCUCGUAAAUGCCAUAUAUUACUUUCAUUUACUGUACAAAGCAGCAGAUGUAAUCCAGAAUCAAGAAGAAAUUAGACAACAGGUGAAUUAAGGGAGGACUUGCCUUGGAACACUCUCUCACUUAAUUUUUGAGCAGUGUCACACCAGUGUAAAGUACUUCCCAUGCAUGUGAACAUGGUAAAUUGAAAAGAUUUGAUCAGCUCAAUUUUAUUCAUGAAGGUAGGUUUGCAUCACCUGCUGUUAUUGCUUUAAAUAAAACAUUUACCAACAGAAGUACUCCAAAAUUGAAAAGAAAGUCAUUUAGAAAAAAAAAAUUAAGGGGGGGGGGUUAAUGUACAUUAUUGGCUUACAAUUAUCAUUGACUCUACAUUGGAGCAGAGUCACAAAAAUGAAAUGAUACUUAAACAGAAAUGGAUGGACAAGUUGUGUCCUGCAUCAUACAUUUUCAUACUGGGACCAGCGACACUAAGGCUUGCGAUGGACAACAAAUAUGAAAGAACACACCCGUGUGGUUCCUGGUCAGUGUUUGAACAAAAAUGUGCAUGUAAUAUUUAUCUUGAAUUCUUGAUUGAACCUUUUUAUCAUGAAGCCCGGGAGUAGUACAUCUCUGUUUUGAAUAAAUCGUAUAUAGCAACAAAGGUGACUGUAAAUACAGCAGCAAGUAGAUGAAAGUUUAAAUGAGUAUAUACCUGUCGGUGCUUGGAACAGAAUCAUUAUUGGUCUAUCCGGUAUAUGACAAUGUAUGUUUGCAGAUAUGGUAUUCAUUCAAGAUUGAAAAGAAUUUUGUGUAUGAUGUGGACAAUGCCUGUUUAUAUACAAAGUGAAUUAUGUCCUGCUUACAGCCAGUGAAAUAAAUAUACUCAAGAUCAAAUAAAAUAACUGUAAAAUUCUUUGUUUAUGGAGUUUUUCUUUAUUUGAUUUUGAAUAUAUAUGUAUUUAUAUCAUUUUUAUGUCUAUAUUAUAUGUCCUCAACAUUCAGUUGGUUUAUUUGCUUUGUACUAAAGGCAUGCCAUCUUGUUUAUCUAGUUGCAAGUAGCAUGCUGCAAAUAUAGAAAUUCUAUGCAUUUCUGUUUGCUCAACCCAUUUAUGAAGUUUGUUAAAUAUUACAUUUCCGGCAGGAAUCUUGAAAGAAAUCGUUUCUCCA